UUUCGUAUCGCCAUGGAUGCACUCAGAGGCCUAUGUGGCUGCUAGCAUUCACUCGCCAUUGCAACCGUCUAUCACUGCACUCGCUGGGAUCUCUCGCUUGCUCGCCAGGCAGUCGCUGCCGACUCCUCAACACUCGUUUGGAAAGGACUACCCCGCCAUCAUGAGGACCGUUCUCCAACGCGUCAAGUCGGCCUCGGUCACCGUAGAUGGCCAGCUCAUCUCGUCCAUCGGCAGAGGCCUCCUUGUCCUUGCCGCCAUCUCCAAGGAUGAUACCGAAAAGGACAUCGAGUCAAUGCCAGGAAAGAUUCUGAAAGCAAAGCUCUGGGAUGACGAAAGCACUGAUCCGCCUGGCAAGUGGAAAAAGAAUGUUGUUGAAAUUGAGGGUGAGGUUCUUUGCGUUUCCCAGUUUACACUACUUGCUUCGAUGAAAAAGGGCAACAAGCCCAGCUUCCACCAGUCUGCAAGCGGACUCAAGGCCAAGGAACAAUACCAGGCUUUCUUCAAGAAAGUGCAGGACUCUUAUCAGGCAGACAAAGUCAAGGACGGCUUGUUCGCAGCUAUGAUGGACGUCGCGCUUGUGAACGAUGGGCCGGUCACCAUUCAGAUCGACACGGACCCUCCAAAGAUGGACGAUCCAACCUCUCUGGGCCCAAGUGGCUUUGGCACACCGAGCAACGGCACCGCCUCGACUUCAGUUGACGUGAACGACCUAGUCAAUAAUAUGACCAGGAUUACAAAGGAAUUCAAGAUACCGGCCGAACUUUUAGAAUAGAGUGACAUAUAGCGCACCGUCACUGCCCAGCGAUACCCAAGCGCAGAUAUCACCCAUGCGAUGUCUCCGAAGUAUCGGCAUAUCCGGUAUGACACUGCUGGCACGUCGCCACAGCUUUUGAGGCUCGCCAGUAAUUAUAGCAACGGCUUGAUGCUAGUCACUGUUGAGCCUAGGGACACGAACGCCCCGCAAUGCCUCUUCCGCAUUGGUACCAAUGUGGCCAUAUUAGAGACGAUCGUUUUGCUCAAGACAUCUCGUGAACUCGCAUCAUAGCAUUGGCUCCUCUCGCAAGAAUGCAGAGAAGAGUACCCAGGGCUUCUGCGUUUACAUAACACCGAUUACUAGACUGCAUCAGUGCACGCUUCACGCGUUGGCUGACAGGUCCGACAUUAGAUCAUUUAGAUAGUACCAACAAGCACAUACGAA